GUGUUAACUGUCUUCAAGAUAAAUAUAAUUGUCAGUGUCUCCAGGCUUUUAGUUCCCUCCUCUUUCCACACCUCCCCCUUCCUCUCCUGUUCACUUUUCACUGCCUGCUCUUAGUGCUAGAAGGCUGGUUGACUACAGAGUCGGGCUCCACAGAACAGCACUGUCAAAAGCCAGGCUGGAGGCGGUAAAGCUCCCGGAGCAACUGGAAGGCGGAGGUAGGCAAGAGAAGCUUUGAGGGCAAAGGCUUGAUUUAUAAGCAGGGGCCUUGUGCCACGCCUCCUUGGUCAUCGAAGUCAUUGCCAUGUCUGCAAAUCCUCUCCCCAUGACAGGCGCUAACAGGGACGAAUGAAGUCUCAGUAACAGAUCAGAGCAGCUUUCUCCAGAGCUGAAGCUGCUGUGCCCAGCCCAGAUGUGCAGCGGAGAAACGGCUAACUGGAGCUCUGGAGCAGGUGGCAAGGAUGGAGGCGCCUUCCCGCUGCCGGUCCCCAGUUGCUGGAGGGGCCAAUGAGACGCCGCUCAGCAGCGGCUCCCUGCUCUCCUUAGACUCCAGCGUCUUCUGCAGCGAGGGCGAAGGAGAGCCCCUGGCUCUGGGGGACAGCUUCACCAUCAACGUGGGCGGCAGCCGCUUCGUCCUGUCCCAGCAGGCGUUGUCCUGCUUCCCGCACACGCGGCUGGGCAAGCUGGCCGUGGUGGUGGCGUCCUGCCGCCACCCCGGCACCCUGGCCGCUGCCUCCAGCACUCUGGAGCUCUGCGACGACGCCAACCUGGUGGACAAUGAGUACUUCUUCGACAGGAGCUCUCAAGCUUUCCGCUACAUCCUCCACUACUACCGCACUGGCCGGCUGCACGUCAUGGAGCAGCUGUGCGCGCUCUCCUUCCUACAGGAGAUCCAGUACUGGGGCAUCGACGAGCUGAGCAUCGACUCCUGCUGUAGGGACAGGUACUUGAAAAGGAAGGAGUUGAGUGAGACAUUAGACUUCAAGGAUGAUACUGAAGACCAGGAAAGUCAACAAGAGAGUGACCAGGACUUUUCUCAAGGCCUCUGCCCUACUACUCGACAGAAGCUCUGGGAUAUUCUGGAAAAACCGGGGUCUUCCACAGCUGCCAGGAUCUUUGGAAUCAUCUCCAUCAUCUUUGUGGUCGUGUCCAUUGCCAACAUGGCCCUGAUGUCAUCUGAGCCCAGCUGGAUGGACAUGCAGCUAUUGGAGGCCCUGGAGUACCUGUGCAUUACUUGGUUCACAGUGGAGUUUGCCCUGCGCUUACUCUGCGUGAGGAAUAGGUGUGGCUUCUUGAGGAAGGUGGCAAACAUCAUUGACCUCCUGGCCAUCCUCCCCUUUUAUAUCACUCUGUUGGUGGAGAGCUUGAGUGAAGGUGAGACCACACAAGAGCUGGAAAACGUGGGGCGCAUCGUACAGGUUUUGAGGCUGCUCAGGGCUCUGCGCAUGCUAAAACUGGGCAGACAUUCAACAGGCUUGCGGUCACUAGGAAUGACACUCACUCAAUGUUAUGAAGAGGUUGGCCUGCUGCUCCUUUUUCUUUCUGUGGGCAUCUCAAUAUUUUCAACUGUGGAAUAUUUUGCAGAGCAAAGUAUGCCAGGCACAACCUUUACAAGUGUGCCCUGUGCAUGGUGGUGGGCAACAACAUCCAUGACUACUGUGGGUUAUGGUGACAUUAGGCCAGACACCACAACAGGCAAAAUUGUGGCCUUUGUGUGUAUACUAUCAGGGAUACUUGUUUUGGCCUUGCCCAUUGCUAUCAUUAAUGACCGAUUUUCUGCCUGCUAUUUCACUCUGAAACUGAAGGAAGCAGCUAUUCGACAACGUGAAGCCUUGAAGAAAUUAACAAAGAAUAUAGCCACUGACUCCUAUAUCAGUGUUAACUUGAGAGAUGUUUAUGCCCGAAGUAUCAUGGAAAUGCUCCGAUUGAAAGGCAGAGAAAGAGCAAGUACCAGAAGCAGUGGGGGAGAUGACUUCUGGUUUUGAAUCCACUUUCAGUGUAUUUUUAAAAAGCUUGUAUGUAAUCGGCAAGGCUAAUGAAGCAUCAAUGUAUGUGUCUGCUAAUGUUAAGAUGAUUAUCUUGUAGCAUUUACUGUUUUAAUUUUUUCAACUUGUUUCCUUGGUGUUUCAGAAUAUUUUGUAUCCCCAAAGGCAAACAGAAAUAUUCAGGGUGACAUGAAAGCUAUUUUUCAAUUUUGGAUCUCAAAAUAGCCAAAAUAAUACAUCAAAGUGAAACCAUCCCAAUGAGAAAUGUAUGGCAGGCUUCUAAUGUGCAGUGACAAAACUAUGACAUGGGGAGCAUUAGGGAAGUGACUAUGCCUUCAAGCUCAAUUUAUAAAGGAAAGGUAAUUAAGAAAAAAAUUUCAAGAUGCAAAAAUAUGGGUAACCAUUUACAUCCACUUAGAUUACCGUUUUUUUUUUUUCUUACUCAAUUGCAUUACCCUAGGAAAGAAAUUACUUUGUUAAUUAGUGAGAGACUGUUGCUAAUACGGACACACUCAUGGACUCAAUCCCCGAAUGGGCCAAUUAUCUUUGAACCAAGAAAAGUUGGUUUUCUGUUUGCAGAUUGAUCCUACAUCUUCAUAAAAUUCCCUGGUUAAAUAACUAGGAUGGGUAACAAAUGAGACUGGCAAGUUGCUCUGGAUGGUUAUUGUAAUGCAUCAUCCUUACUUGGGGGUUGGAUAUGGGAGAGAGGGACAUUGACAUAGCCACAAGUAUGUGGAAAACAAACUACUUACAAUGCAUUGUGAAUAUUCAGUUGACAGCUUUCCCACCUUAAGAAAUGGAAUACUUUCAUCCUAGACACUUGGUACAGUUAACUCUUGGGUUCACUCAGGGUAAUCUACUAAGGCAGUUUGCUUUAUGGUAAUCCCAGGUAGAUUUUAUACUCUAGGGGUCCUUGGUUGACUAUGAAUGUCUUUGAUUUCAUCUUGAUUCAGUGAGUAUUUUAAGAUUACAUUAUGAAAAAAUUACAAAUUCAGAAUUUUAAUUAUUAAAAGACUUUAUUUCAGUCAAUGAAAAGGGUAUAUUUGAUUAACAUCAUUAGACUCAGUAGUCAUUUAUUUAUUCAAUUAUAUUCUGCACAUUUCUCUCAUUGUCCCAGUAAAUUUUCAAUUAACAUUUUGAGGCUGACUGAAAGGCAAGAAAAAUCAGUCAUCCAUCUUGAGAAUUAACAGUACUUGGCCUGUCUUAUUAUAUAGCAUUAAUGUCCAACACUAUCAAGUUAAUAGACAGAAAAAUCAAUAAAAUAAAAUCUAUUGUCACAGGGAUAGGGAUGGACCUAUGAUUUCAUCAAUAUAGAGAUCUCCCAGGUGAGAGAGCUUCCUAUAUCACUGGAAUCAUCCCCUUUUCUGCAAUUUAUUAAAGUCUUAGUUGCCUAGAGCAUUGAUAGAUUAAGUAAUUUGCUCUGAGUCACAAGGGAAGUAUGGUUAGAGACAGGACAUAAACCUAGGCCAGCCCUCUAACCACAAUGCCACCCUGAGAUAAAUGAGAUCUAUGGAGAUUUCAUGGUGAGUGCCACACCUAUUUAUUAAUCCUGAAUCUAAGGAAAAAAUUCUAACCCAGGAAGAACAUGUAUUUGCUUCUUAAAAAAAAAAUUCAAUUUUUAAAGAUCUGGUACCAUAAUAUAUUAUUAUCUUUCCCUAAGAAAAUAAGUUAAGCUUUAAAAUAAUAAUUUUUUUCUUUUUUUUAAUUCUUUCUUUCUUUCUUUCUUUCU